AACAAACAACAGAGAAUCCCUAAAACCCUAAACUCAUAAACCCCCAUUCCCGCCACUGUACCAGUUCAUGCAGGCAACGCACCCGUUUCACUUCCCCAACACUUCCCCAAAGCGAUGAACUUCAGGUUCCACAACCUCCUCGGAGUCCCCUACCGAGGGGGCAACGCGGUCAUUUCCAACAACACCCUGCUACUCUCCCCCAUUGGUAACCGCGUCGCCGUCACCGACCUCCUCAAGUCCCAAACCUCCACGCUCCCCAUCCAAUCCUCCUCCAACGUCACCCGCAUCGCCGUCUCCCCCGACGCCACCUUCCUCCUCGCCGUCGACGACCGCAACCGCUGCCUCUUCAUCAACCUUCGCCGCCGCAUCCUCCUCCACCGCAUUACCUUCAAGCACCGCGUCGCCGCCGUCGAGUUCAGCCCCGACGGCGCCCUCAUCGCCGUCGCCGCCGGCAAGUUCGUCCAGAUCUGGCGCUCGCCGGCGUUCCGCCGUGAGUAUUUCCCCUUCGAGCUGGUUCAGACCUUCGCCGACUUCGACGCGAAGGUCACCGCCAUUGAUUGGAGCCCCGACUCGAAGUACCUACUCGUCGGGUCCAAGGACCUAACCGCGAGAAUCUUGUGUUUGAAGAAACUGAAUAGGGGUGUUAAGAAGAGGCCUUUUAUGCUCCUAGGGCAUAGGGAUUCUGUUGUAGGGUCGUUCUUCGGUGUCAAUUCGAAUGAUAAUAGGGUUUGUAAGGCUUAUACCGUUACUAGGGAUUGUUAUUUGUUUAGCUGGGGUUUUAGUUUUGAUGGUGAGGGUGAGGGUGAUGGUGAGGGUUCCGAGCCUCCGUCUCCGGGUACGCCGGAGAGGGAUGUGGAUGGGAAUUUGGAGAUUAGUGAGAAUGAUGGUGUGAGGAAGAGGAAGAAAAUUGAUGUUGAGGAUGGUGAUGAGGGUUAUUUGAGUAGAGGGAAGUGGGAGUUAUUGAGGAAGGAUGGUUUUAUGCAGGGAUCGGCGAAGGUGACGGCGUGUGAUUAUCAUAGAGGGCUGGAUAUGGUGGUUGUUGGAUUUUCUAAUGGCCUGUUUGGUUUGUAUCAGAUGCCGGAUUUUGUGUGCAUUCAUUUGUUGUCUAUAUCGAGGGAGAAGAUUACCACUGCGGUGUUUAAUGAGCUUGGGAACUGGUUGACUUUUGGCUGUGCCAAACUGGGGCAGCUUCUGGUGUGGGAGUGGAGGUCCGAGAGCUACAUUUUGAAGCAGCAGGGUCAUUACUUUGAUGUGAACUGUGUUGCAUAUUCGGCAGACUCGCAACUCCUUGCUACUGGAGCAGAUGAUAAUAAAGUGAAGGUGUGGACUCUUUCCUCGGGCUUUUGCUUUGUUACAUUUUCUGAGCAUACAAAUGCUGUUACGGCUCUACAUUUUAUGGCAAGUAACAAUUGCCUGCUUAGUGCAUCACUUGAUGGGACCAUUCGAGCAUGGGAUUUAUUACGUUACCGGAAUUUUAGGACAUUUACAACCCCUUCUUCAAGGCAGUUUGUUUCUCUGACAGCUGAUCAAAGUGGUGAAGUGAUAUGUGCUGGCACUAAAGAUUCCUUUGAGAUUUUUGUUUGGUCAAUGAGAACGGGUCGGUUAUUGGAUGUGCUUAGUGGCCAUGAAGCUCCUGUUCAUGCGCUGAUGUUUUCUCCUACAAAUGCUGUCUUGGCUUCAUCAUCAUUUGACAAAACUGUUCGGUUGUGGGAUGUCUUUGAUGGAAAAGGAGCAGUUGAAACCUUUCCUCACACGCAUGAUGUUCUUACAGUAGCUUAUCGUCCAGAUGGAAGGCAGAUAGCUUGCAGCACAUUAGAUGGGCAAAUUCAUUUUUGGGACCCAAUAGAGGGUUUGCUGAUGUACACCAUAGAAGGUUCUAGAGAUAUUGCUGGUGGGCGUCUUAUGACUGACCGUAGAUCAGCUGCUAACUCAACUUCAGGGAAGUUCUUCACAACCUUGUGUUAUUCAGCUGAUGGAAGCUACAUAUUAGCUGGAGGAAGUAGCAGAUACAUCUGCAUGUAUGAUGUUGCAGAUCAGGUGUUGCUUCGACGUUUCCAGAUAACUCUCAAUCUCUCAUUAGAUGGAGUGCUUGACAUUUUAAACUCAAAGAAUAUGACACAAGCUGGCCCACUAGAUUUGAUCGAUGAUGACAAUAGUGACAUUGAAGAAGGUGUUGACAAACAAACACGAGGGAAAAUAGGGUUAGACUUGCCAGGAUCUAUGCCUAAUCGUGGAAGGCCUGUUAUUCAGACAAAAUGCCUGAGAAUUGCGCCAACAGGGCGGAGUUUUGUUGCAGCAACAACUGAGGGAGUUUUGGUUUAUUCUGUUGAUGAAUCGUUCAUAUUUGAUCCAACUGACCUAGAUAUUAAUGUUACACCAGAGGCUGUUGAAGAAGCUAUUCAUGAAAAUCAACCAAGUAAAGCCUUGAUUCUUAGCCUUCGUCUGAAUGAGGAUUCUUUUAUUAAAAAAUGUAUAUUUUCGGUUAGUCCAGCAGAUAUUCCAGCGGUUGCCACAUCAAUCCCUUACAGAUAUAUCCAGCGAUUAGUUGAGGCACUUGCGGAUCUUCUAGAAAACUGCCCACAUUUGGAAUUUAUACUUAGAUGGUGUCAGGAGCUCUGCAAAGCCCAUGGAAAUUCUAUUCAGCAGAACUCUAGAAAUCUGUUACCAUCAUUAAAAUCCUUGCAAAAGGCAAUCACUAGAAUACAUCAGGAUCUUGCAGAUACAUGCUCCUCCAAUGAAUAUAUGCUGCGAUAUUUAUGUUCUUCUGGAGCCAAGGAAUGACUGUUAAGAAUUCACGAGUUGGAUGUUAUCUGCUUUGUUCAAGAAUCCUUGUCCAAUAUGAGUAUUAUUUUAACGGGGUACCUGAUGAGCAUCAUUCGCAAGUAGCAACCUGCAACCUCUGAAGAAUCAAGCAAGAUUUUGAUGUAGCUAGUUGCGAAGCACCAUCUUCUCCUUCUUGUUUCCAAAGGAAGUUAUCCUUGACUGAAGUUUCAAUUUUCUGGAAGGUGUGGCAUCUGCCAGGUUUGUUUCAUGGCCUACUUGCAAUUCAACCAAGACAUAUUGAGAAUUACACACUAGAGUGACAUUUCUUUGUAAUGUGGUGGUUAACAGAUUGCAGAGGUUGAAAUUCUUGCUUGAUAUGCCCAGCAGUGUGUUUCGAAUCAAAUAUUUUAGAAUUAAUUAAUGACAAAUGGUUACACAGAAAUUUUUGGUCGGAAUUUUUUCGUUGAUAUUAACUUGUUUGUUGAUUCUCGGAUUGGUAAGUAAUCUUGACAGCAACCAGCUUUGAGUUGUAUUAAAUUUUGGUCUUUUUCCUUUGGUGUCGUGUACCAUUGUUCUUAUGUUUAUACAUGAAAUUUACUGUUCGCAA